CUCAUGAUAUUACUCGUGCUUUUGCCUUGGAUUAUCAUAUUCUAGUUGCUCUGAGGUUCGGUCAAGAGCCUCUUUUUCGACUAAUGUAGCACGAAACGUAGUGCCAAUACCAAGCAGUGCAACAUAUCAAAUACUGUAUUGUGGAUAAUCGUUAAAUGAUAAAAGUUAGGAUACGUGAAGUACAUACACAGAAUUUGGUGUUCGAAUGAACUUGGACUUUAAAGAAGUUGUUUGAAUUUUCCGAGUCCGUGUUUUGAGGGAGGAACGCUUGCGAACACCAGGCUGAUACGAUUGGGGAGCAUCACUGAUUUGUCAUGCAAGUUUGAAUGUCCCCCUAUUGUAAAUUGGAGUUUUCUGACGUCUCAGUCUGGCAUGUUGUAAAAUUGGAAUCCUGCAUAGGGUUUAUGCCGGAUUCAAGGAACAGGAUGCAUAUUCUUACCGUCUGCCCAGCUGAAUCAUGACCACGUACAUGUCUUACAUGCAAUGGGAAAAGUUAGGCAAGGAGAGUACCUGUACCAUGAUUGGAAAAUACGUUGACCAGUCAAGUUAUGUCAGGAAGAUCUCCUACGCCAUCCAGCCGAAGGAGAUCGACUUUCGCCGGAAGAAGCGACUCCCGCAGAUUGUGGGCCUGGCAGCAUUCUUCAUCAUUGCCCUCGUUCUGACAGUUGGGCUCGUUUUCGGCAUCGGUCCUUCUGACGGCUUCGGCAAGAACAACUCCACACAUUAUGAUGAUGAACAACUCAAGGAUGGCGAAUGCGUUGGUCGGGAAGGCACGUUCCGUUUUGCGGCUGUGACUUCAGAUGAACCAAGUUGUUCAUCUUUGGGAGCGGAGAUGCUGGGAAGAUACCAAGGGACGGCUGUGGACGCUGCUAUCGCGACGCUGUUGUGUGUGGGGGUGGUGCAACCCCACAGCAUGGGGCUAGGAGGUGGAUUCGUGAUGACAAUCUAUGACAGGCCAACCAAGAAAAUAUUUACACUGGAUGCCCGAGAAACAGCGCCAGGCCAGGCCACUGAGGAGAUGUUUGGCCGUAACAAGAGGGCUUCGAAGGAAGGCGGCCUGUCAAUUGGCGUCCCCGGUGAGCUCAAGGGAUAUUGGGAAGCCCAUAAACGCUUCGGCCGCGUCCCUUGGUCCACACUCUUUAAACAGGCAAUAGACCGAUGCGAAAAUGGCGUGAAGAUAUCCAAGACGCUUUAUUCAGCUAUGAAAUUGAAAGAAUGUGCCAUUAAGGAGGACGACGGUUUAAGGAAGGAUUUCGUCGACCCAACAACAGGCGAGCUUCUUAGAGAAGGUGAAACGUUCACCAGAGCAACCCUGGGGCGGACCCUUCGCCUCGUAUCCGAGCGUGGGGCAGAAAUAUUCUACAACGGCAGCCUGGCUAAAGAUAUCGUCAUGGACGUCCAAGAAGCCGGUGGAAUCAUCACGGAAUCGGACCUUGCUAACUACAAGGUCAAGUGGAGAGAACCAAUCGAAGUGACCUUCAAGGACGGGACGCGCUUCCAUUCCCUCCCUGCGCCCUCUAGCGGGCCAGUACUGGCCUUCAUGCUUAACGUACUAGAUGGCUAUAACUUCUCAAGUAAAACUGCCGGGACCGUCGACAGCAUUAGCCUGGCCUAUCACCAAAUGAUAGAAACAUUUAAGUUUGGCUAUGCCCAUAAACCGUUCUUGGGUGAUAAAGAUUUUGUUGAUGUAUCAAAGAUAACAAGAAAUCUUACGUCCCGACCUUACGCCAGUUAUAUCCGGAGUCUCAUUCUGAAUGACAAGACUCACGACAUCACAUAUUACGGUCCACUGGUUGCCCCUGAUGAAGACUCGGGGACAGGAGGAAUGACUGUAUUAUCACCAACAGGGGACGCUGUGGCGGUGUCCAGCACCAUCAACAUGUAUUUUGGAUCUCAGGUGCUAGGGACAAGAUCGGGAAUUAUCUUCAACAAUGUCAUGAAUGACUUCAGUAAGCCGGGUAUCUCCAAUGUCUACAAUAUCCCCCAAUCGGACCUCAACUACAUCAAGCCGGGAAAACGGCCGGUUACAUCAAUGAGUCCGGCAAUCUUUUUAGACAAAAAUGGUGACAUCAAGUUGUUGGUAACUGGAGCCGGGGGCAAUAGAGUUUUAUCAUCUUUAGCAUACGUGGCAAGUCGUGUUUUAUGGUUUCACGAGUCGCUUCAAAAGGCCAUCUCUUCUCCAAGAAUUCAUGACCAGUGGAUACCCCCUAACACAAACUACGAAAAAUAUUUUCCUUCGCGAUGUAUAUCCAUCCUGAAAACAAAAGGACACACAAUGACAUUAUCAAAGGCGCCGUCAAUAGUGCAGGCGAUCUCAAGGCAAGGGGAUAUGAUCAGCUCUUAUGCUGAUCAAAGGAACGGUGGCUGUGUUGACGGUUAUUGAGGUAGCGCAAGCAAUCUGACGGGAAUUUAAAAAAACCGUUGGCAAUUGUUGAAAUAGUCCAGGUGCAUGCCAGUGGGUAUCUCAAGAUAGGGGAUGCUGACAAAAGGAACUGUGGCUGCAUCGACGGUUAUUACUGAACUUUCAGCGGUAUUGCCUCCGUAGCCUCUCUUAACAGGCGUUGUCUGGAAGCUGAGCAUUGUCAAUACAAGAGGGUCAAGAUGCGGUUAUUGAGAUAGUGCUAACAAUCUGACGGGAAGAUGGUGUAUCCUUUAUACUGCUCAUAAAAAAAGCGUUGACAAUUGUUUACAUGAUCCAAAUCCGAGCAUCACAGGACGGGGAUGCUGAGAAAAGGAAUGGGGGCUGUCUCGAUGGUUUACACCCCGGACGCAGUGGACUGACUGACUGAGGAAGGACGAUCAGGAUGACGAAUGGACUGCAUCCGAGUCUACGAUGUUAGGCCUCUAAUGAGAUAGUGGCAGGUAAUUUUAAGGCAGGGGGUAUGAUCUGAUAUGCUGGUCAGAGGCUACGCCGAUAGUUAGUUGAACUGCCGGGUUGAAAUUAGAAAACACAAUCGCGAAGCAAGGCAAUGGUCUACUCUUACGCUGACAUUCGGACUAUAGUGGCUGCGGUGACCUUUGACAUAGAUAGCAGGCAAUCCUAUAGUAAGCGUUGUCCCUAAAUUUCGAACAUCCCUGAAGAAGGUACUUCGACGGUUUUGGUAGACUGAUUAUUUUAAGCAUUAUGUUUUUGUUUCAAGUGUAACCAUAUGUAUAUUUUAAAGAUUUUUACUGUUGUCAUGCCAAUUAUUCAGAUGUUAUACCUUGUGUCUUUCAUCGUUAACUACAUUAUAAACCUAAAAAGAGUAGAGUACACAAAUCCCGAUGUUUUUUAGUCGAGAGCACGUGAGCUCUUACAAGAACUUAGCUCAUUGUGUGCCAUUUGUAACGUUGGAGGAAACCGGGCAACCCGGACGACACCUACGCUGUUGAAGUGAAUUACCCACCCUAUCACAUGAGUAUACCUGAACCGACCGAUACUCGGAGGUGACUGACGCCGAUGUUUUCAUGUUUUGAACUUGCGACAGCUUUUCAUGAUUCAAUAUGUGCUGAAUGUGUUUGAUCAGGGAUGUGUUAUAAAGAACAUCCCUGUUCUGAUUUCAUAUAUCAUAUACAUCUAUUCAUGUUCAGUGAGGUAAUGUGAAGUGUGCGCAUGUAUGUAUAUACAUUAUGUAUUUUUCUAUUUGUAGUGCUCAUUUUUGCACUUUGUUGACAAACGUGUUUUUCAUCAAGAAUAAAUUAAAUGAU